CUGUUUCCAAAAUUAGGAAAAAUAAUAAUAAAGGCGGAGUUACAGGGCUAAACACAUCAAAAAUACAUUGAUAUUUUCACAAUAUUUAUAUAUUUGCGAUGUCGGCCAAAUCAUGUACUAAGAUCAUAAGUAGUGGUCAGCUAAUCAUAAGCAAACAGGUGCUCUGUAACCUGAUUGAAUUCACACUAACAUUAUACCAUUAUUCAAGAGCAGAGGAGGAUUGUGAAACGAGCCCAAAUCAUUGCUCUGCGAGAUGAAGGCCUUUCCAUUCGAGCAAUAGCUAGUCGCAUGGCCAUAUCAGCAACAACUGUCAACAAAUGGAUCAAGCGGCAUCAGGAAACUGGAUUACUUACAAGUUUACAUAGAAGACCGCGUCCCCGCGUAACCUCACGGGAGGAAGACGAGGCCAUCAUACGAGCGGUCGAAGAAAACCCGUAUACGAACGCCACAAGGUUAAGGAAAACGCUCCAGUUAAAUGUAAGCCCUGAAACUGUCCGUAGACGGUUACACGAAAGUGGAGUGUAUCAGCUGAUCCCUUCCAGGAAGGAACAGGCGAAUCAGCACCACACAGGUAGACAGUGCAUUAUCUGUCGACAUUCCGGAGUGCGGCUGGAAUUCCAUAGCAGUUUCUUAGAUGAAGAAAAUGUUCAGCAUGAAACACGGGAAGAUACACUUGAGAAGAUGUGAACGUGACACAAGGCCGCUGUGGAUAUAUGAUUGAUAAACAAGGUUGAUGGAGUAGCUAGUAAAUAAAAUUUAAUAUAUU